AUGGCUGAACCUCCAGCCAAACGCGCGAGAAGGACGGAUAGCUCCACCAUGUGGGAGAUGAAUGACACGAAAUCCAGACCGAGUGAUCGUACAGGCAAAGACAUAGAUGGUGAUGCAUCCAAACGAGAGCCACCUACUAAGGAAGAUGCAAGACGGAGCAACGUGUUGUCCAGGGGGGACGAACGCCGGCAUCGUUCCCGGUCCAGAGAUAGGGACAGGGAUGACAGGAGGCGUGACCAAAACAGAUCGAGAGAUAGGAGAGAUAGGGAAAGGAUUAGGGAUAGAGAAAGGAUAAGGGAUCGGGAUCGGGAUCGGAGCGGAAGCAGAGAUAGAUACAGUCGACGGGAGUAUGGGAAAUCUAGUCGGUUCCGCGACCGUGGCCGUGAUAGAUCCCCAUCGCGAUCCCCAUCGCGAUCACUCUCGCCGGCACGGAAUGGUACUACUUCCAGAUCUCGAAGAUCACGGUCACCACCGCCCCCGCGGGGCGUAAAAUCUGAUAGACGAGAUACACGCGAACCGGGGAAGGUGAACGCGGGUCCGGGGGUUAACGGGGUGGCUUCUGAAUCGAAACGACUAAGUUCUAUCAAAUCCCAAUCCCGAGCCGUGGAGGACAGUAUGGAUAUCGAUAUUGAUGGUGGGGAUACCGAUGAACUAGAUCAGCUGAUGCGGAAGACGAUGGGGUUUACGACGUUCCGAAGUACGCAGAAUACGAAGGUACCUGGGAAUAAUAUCUACGGGGUUCGUAAGGAGAAGAAGACGGAGUACAGACAGUAUAUGAACCGACAGGGAGGUUUCAAUAGGCCUUUGAGCCCGACGCGAUGA